AUCAUUACUUUCAACACACUUACGAGUUACGAGUUUCUCUAUUCACUAAGCAUAACGUUUUCCCAAGCUCCCAAUUUUCUAGUGUCUCUUACUCGAAUCACGAAAAUGAAAUUCACUUUUGAUUCUAAAUAUUGUCGAUCAAGUGAAUUAAAAUCUUUCGAUGAUACAAAAGCUGGUGUUAAAGGGCUCGUCGAUGCUGGAGUUACCAAAAUCCCUCGAAUCUUUCAUCAACCUCCCAAUGCUUUAUAUAACAUUUCACACACUCCGAAUAAUCUUGACACAAAGUUCAUCUUUCCUAUUAUAGAUCUUCAAUGUAUCGGAAAUGGUGCAGUUUCGCGAAAGGAGACUAUCGAAAAAGUACGAAAUGCGUCUGAGAGUUGGGGAUUCUUCCAAGUUGUUAAUCAUGGGAUUCCUAUCAAUGUUUUUGAGGAGAUGAAAGAUGGAGUUCGUCGAUUUCACGAGCAAGACACAGAUCUGAAAAAGGGAUAUUAUACUCGCGAUUCAGCCAAAAAGGUAAUUUUUAAUAGCAAUUUUGAUUUGUUUACAGCACCAGCAGCUAAUUGGAGAGAUACGCUCGCUAUCCAAAUGGCUCCUCAUCCUCCAAAACCUGAGGAGACUCCAGAAACUUGCAGGGAUAUAGUGAUGGAGUAUUUCAAAGAAAUAAUGAAACUGGGAAACUUACUGUUAGAAUUGCUAGCAGAAGCUCUUGGUCUGAAACCUGACCACUUGAAAGAAAUGGACUGUGGCAAAAGUAUUUCUGUUGUGUGCCAUUACUAUCCACCGUGCCCUGAGCCGGAAUUGACCUUAGGAACAAGCAAGCACUCGGAUGGUGACUUCCUCACUGUGCUUCUCCAAGAUCAUAUCGGCGGAUUACAAGUACUCCAUCAAACCCACUGGAUCGAUGUUCCUCCCAUGCACGGUGCCAUAGUGGUUAACAUUGGAGAUCUUCUACAGCUGAUAUCAAAUGACAAGUUUAAAAGCAAUGAGCAUAGAGUUCUGUCAAACUGUAAAGAAGAAGCAAGAGUAUCAGUGGCAUGUUCUUUUAGUACACCUUUAUCGCCUGUACCAAGACGUUAUGGACCGAUUAAAGAGCUGUUAGCGGAAGAUAAUCCUCCUAAAUAUCGAGAUACUACAGUCAAAGAAUUUGCUGAUCAUUUUAAUGCGAAAGGCCUUGAUGGAACUUCUUCUCUUCUUCAUUUCAAGCUUUGAAAACUAGCUGUCCAACCGGGCUGGAUUUAUUUUGCCCUUAUUUACGGAUUUAUUUCGAAUGUUUUCUUUGUUUUUGAAUAAUAUUGUAUGUUUUGAUGUUCUUCUUCUAUUAAAGUUUCUGCUAUUGUUCUACAUAUGUUUUUGUAUAUGUUUUGAUUGUUUACUUUUGAAUA